UCCCCUCCCUUCCAAGUCCCACCCCUCCACACCCUCCUUCCCCUGCAUUUAAACGUUGACAAUCAAUCCAAUUUACCUUCAAUAUCUUUUCCCCCACUCUCUAAUUCAUUCUUCAAUGGCUCUUGUCCUCUUCCUCCUCCUUACUCUUCUGCUCCCUUCAACCAAUGGCGAUUGGCCACCUUCACCUGGCUAUUGGCCAAGCUCUAAAUUUAGGACCAUGAACUUCUACAAAGGCUAUAGAAACCUCUGGGGUCCCCAGCAUCAAAAACAAGACCAAAAUGCGUUAACACUCUGGCUUGACAGUACCUCAGGAAGUGGGUUCAAAUCAGUUCGUCCAUUCCGAUCUGGUUAUUUUGGCGCCUCCAUUAAGCUCCAACCUGGUUACACUGCAGGGGUUAUAACAUCUCUCUACCUUUCCAACAAUGAAGCUCAUCCGGGUUUCCACGAUGAAGUGGAUAUCGAAUUUCUUGGGACAACAUUUGGGAAGCCAUAUACUUUGCAGACCAAUGUUUAUAUCAGAGGAAGUGGGGAUGGUAAAAUCAUUGGCAGAGAGAUGAAGUUUCAUCUCUGGUUUGAUCCCACUCAGCAUUUUCAUCACUAUGCUAUACUUUGGAGUCCUAAGGAGAUCAUAUUCCUUGUAGAUGAUGUGCCAAUAAGGAGGUACCCGAGAAAGAGUAGUGCAACAUUUCCCCUGAGGCCAAUGUGGGUGUACGGAUCGAUAUGGGAUGCCUCAUCAUGGGCCACAGAUGAUGGUAAAUACAGAGCCGAUUAUAGAUACCAACCCUUUGUUGCACAGUACACCAAUUUCAAAGCCAGUGGUUGCUCUGCCUAUUCCCCUUCUUGGUGCCGACCAGUCUCUGCCUCUCCUUUCAGGUCAGGUGGGCUAACCAGACAGCAAUACAGAGCAAUGAGAUGGGUUCAGAGCCACCACAUGGUCUAUGACUAUUGCAGAGACCCAAAGAGAGAUCAUUCUUUAACACCUGAAUGCUGGGGUUAAAAGUUAAAAUUAAAACCACCCAUCCAUAAUAAUUGUAAUUGUUACAUACAUUAUGGAUGGGAAAAAUGAAAAUCUAUUUAAUUACUAUAAAUUUUGUUUUGUGAGAGGGGUGUCUUGAGAUGGGGUCCCACUUUUGCAAAAAUUACUGUGAUGGAAUAUGGGUAUCUGAGCGUCCAAGACUUCCUCCAGGAAACCGAGAAAAAAACUCAAAUCAAACCUGUUUCUCCAUGUAUGUGUGUGUGUGUGUGUGUGUUUUCUUUCUUUUCUUUUCUUUUCUUUUCUUUUUUUUUUUUUUUUUUUAUGUUGUUCAAUUUUUGUUGUGACAUUGAAACUGGUGUACUUUGUGUGCUUUGGUGUAAAUUAGCAGUUCCAAACAGAAAGAGAAAUACAAUGAGAGAGCCAGAGAAAGAUAAAAAAAUAAUAAUAAAACAAAACAAAACAAAAAAGUGUGGGGAUGAAUGAUAUGAAGCCAAAAAAAGUCUGUUUUCAUGGGUGUUUGAGCAAAGUGUGUGUAAGGCACUUGCUGCUGUGUUCUUAUAUUUAUAAAUUAUUAUAAAUUUUUUUAUUUUUUUA